GCGGGACCCACCCCCGGCCCGGGCUCCCCCCGCACCCCACCCCGGGCUCCCACCCCGGCCGUCCCUCCGGGACCCGCCGCCCGGGCCUGCCUCGGCCCCGCGUGGAGCAGCCGUGGUGUGCGAGGGUCGGUGCUUGUGAUUCUCAAUGGAGACUGAGAGCCCAGCUUCAUGAUGAGAACCAGCCCCAGGCGGCCACUGAUUCUCAAAAGACGGAGGCUGCCCCUUCCUGUUCAAAAUGCCCCAGGUGAAACAGCAGAGGAAGAAGCAAAGAGACCCCCUGCCCAGCAGGAGCCUACUCAAGCACAGGCCUCCCAGGAGGUGGCAGAGUCCAGUUCCUGUAAGUUUCCAGCUGGAAUCAAGAUCAUCAACCACCCCACCAUGCCCAACACACAAGUGGUGGCCAUCCCCAACAAUGCCGACAUCCAAAGCAUCAUCGCAGCACUAACUGCCAAAGGGAAAGAGAGUGGCAGCAGUGGACCCAACAAGUUCAUCCUCAUCAGCUCUGGCGGGACCUCAUCUCACCCUCCUGGUCCCCAGCCGCAAGCCCAAACCAGCCAUGAUUCCAAGAGGACAGAAGCGAGCCCUGAGACGUUGGGACCAAAGCCAGCAGCUAAGGGUGUGCCUGUUCCCAAGCCACCUGGAGCCCUUCCAAGGCAAAGACAGGAAACCUGUGCUGGUGGCGAAGCAGCAGGCUGCACGCUGGACAACAGCUUAACCAAUAUCCAGUGGCUUGGGAAGAUGAGUUCUGACGGGCUGGGCCCCUGCAGCAUUAAGCAGGAGAUGGAGGAGAAGGAGAAUUGUCACCUGGAGCAGAAUCAGGUUAAGGUUGAGGAGCCCUCAGGAGCAUCCACGUCUUGGCAGGAUUCUGUGUCUGAGAGGCCACCCUACUCUUACAUGGCCAUGAUACAAUUUGCCAUCAACAGCACUGAGAGAAAACGUAUGACCUUGAAGGAUAUCUACACUUGGAUUGAGGACCACUUCCCCUAUUUUAAGCACAUCGCCAAGCCAGGCUGGAAGAACUCCAUUCGUCACAACCUUUCUCUCCAUGACAUGUUUGUGCGGGAGACGUCUGCCAAUGGCAAGGUCUCUUUCUGGACCAUUCACCCAAGUGCCAAUCGCUACUUGACGUUGGACCAAGUGUUUAAGCCACUGGAACCAGGGUCUCCACAAUCGCCUGAGAACUUGGAAUCACAGCAGCAGAAACGACCCAAUCCUGAGCUCCGUAGAAAUGUGACCAUCAAAACUGAGCUCCCGCUGGGCGCACGGCGGAAGAUGAAGCCUCUGCUCCCACGGGUCAGCUCAUACCUGGUACCCAUCCAGUUCCCAGUGAACCAGUCUCUGGUGUUACAGCCCUCGGUAAAGAUGCCAUUGCCUCUGGCAGCUUCACUUAGGAGCUCAGAGCUCGCUCGGCAUAGCAAGCGAGUUCGAAUUGCACCCAAGGUACUGCUAGCCAAUGAAGGGAUUGCCCCACUUCCUGCUGCCGGACCAGUGAAGGAGGAGAAACCCCUGCUUGAAGAAGGGCUAUUGCCUUUGCUUCCUAUUCAGUCCAUUAAGGAGGAAGAAAUCCAGCCUGGGAAGGACUUGACACCCUUCGAGAGGCCUGUCAAAGUGGAGAGCCCUCCCUUGGAAGAGUGGCCCUCUCCGUGUGCGUCACUGAAAGAGGAACUGUCUAAUUCCUGGGAAGAUUCUUCCUGCUCUCCUACCCCAAAACCCAAGAAAUCCUAUCGUGGGCGCCAGUCCCCUGCCCGGUGUGUCUCGGAAAUGCUGGUGACCAAGCGAAGAGAGAAGAGGGAGGUGAGCCGCUCUCGGAGGAAACAGCACCUCCGGCCACCCUGUCUGGAUGAGCCUGAACUGCUCUUCUCAGAGGACCCCAGCACAUUACAGCCGGCCAUGGAGCCCCUACUCCUGGCAGAGUCCUCAGAGCCUGUGUCCCAGCUUGAGUGCCCUCAAGAGGAGGGGGUGCCUUUCAAGACCCCCGUUAAGGAGACAUUGCCCAUCUCCUCCACUCCUAGCAAGUCUGUGCUCUCCAGAACCCCUGAGUCCUGGAGGCUUACACCCCCAGCCAAAGUUGGGGGGUUAGAUUUCAGCCCAGUACGAACCCCCCAGGGCGCCUUUGGCCCCUUGCCUGACUCCCUGGGGCUGAUGGAGUUGAAUACCACACCUCUGAAAAGUGUUCCCCUUUUUGAUUCACCCCGGGAGCUCCUCAACUCAGAACCCUUUGACCUUGCCUCUGACCCCUUCAGCAGCUCUCCGCCUCCACAUCUCGAGGUCCCCAAGCCAGACUCCCCUGAGCCACAGGUCCCCAGCCUUUCAGCCAACCGUUCUCUCACAGAAGGCCUGGUCUUGGACACAAUGAAUGACAGCCUCAGCAAGAUCCUUCUAGACGUCAGCUUCCCUGGCCUGGAAGAGGACCCUCUGGGCCCUGACAUCAACUGGUCUCAGUUCAUCCCUGAGCUGCGAUAGAGCCAAGGCCUU